GAGGACUCAAUAGUUUUAACGUACUUCAUCACUUCCUCACUAACCAAACCUCAAGAUGGGGAUUCUUCACAAACAAAACCUCUCCUUUUUGAUACUUCUCCUCCUUGGUUUCUGCGCCGUCUCUUACGCUUGUGACUGCAGUGACCCUCCAAAAUCAUCUCCACACCCCGUUAAACCUCCCAAACAUCCCGUUAAACCGCCUAAACCACCCACUGUCAAGCCACCACAACACACUCCAAAACCACCCGCCGUCAAACCACCUCAUCACACUCCAAAACCACCUCAUCACACUCCAAAACCACCCACCGUUAAGCCACCUCAUCACACCCCAAAACUACCUCCUCACACUCCCAAACCACCCACCGUCAAGCCACCUCAUCACACCCCAAAGCCGCCCACCGUCAAGCCUCCAGCUCCGUACACUCCAUCCCCUCCACCUUACACUCCAAAACCGCCCACCGUCAAGCCACCACCUCCGUACACUCCAUCUCCUACGCCUUCUCCUCCACCGCCAACUCCAACCCCACCAGUCGUAACCCCGCCACCACCGCCAACUCCAACCCCAGAGACGCCAUGUCCGCCACCGCCUCCUCCACCAACUCCGUGUCCUCCUCCACCUCCGGCACCAACGCCUGAACCGGAGACGUGCUCCAUCGACGCACUGAAGCUAGGCGCGUGUGUGGACGUGCUUGGCGGCUUGAUUCACAUCGGACUAGGAAAAAGCUAUGCAAAGGCAACUUGUUGCCCAGUUCUUGGCGGUUUAGUGGGUCUUGACGCAGCGGUCUGUCUUUGCACCACCAUUAGAGCGAAGCUUCUCAACAUCGACCUCAUUAUUCCCAUUGCUCUUGAGCUUCUCGUCGACUGUGGCAAGACUCCACCUCGUGACUUCAAGUGUCCUGCUCCACAGAAAAAGACUUCUCUCUUGGCUUGAUCUCUUUGUGUUUCUUUUGAUACAGUGAAAAAUGGUGAGAUCUCAAGAUCUAGGUUCUUCUGAUGUUUUACGAUUGGGGAAACAUGGAUUAAGAAGGAUUUAUUUUUUGUUAUUGAUCUAAGUUAAAAAGAAAACUUUAUGUAAUUGUAAGGUGAUUGUUUGAAUAAUGCUAUUUGAAUUUUAAAUUUUAA